UGUUCAUUUAAAUUUGUGCAAAUAGAGAAAAUGAUGGAGAAGGAGGUAAUGGAGAAAGAGAAAGAAUGUCUCAAUGAAGGGGAAACAACUGAUAUUUUAUCAUCAGCAGAAGAUAAAGAGAAAAAAUUUGUUCUUGAAUGUGAUGUGUGUGGGCAAGAACAUCCUACUGAAGAAUGUCCUGAGCUUGGACUGUCCAACAAAUAUAUUCCUCAGAUUUCAAGAGCCAGACUUACAGUCCCACACUUUUUGAACCCUGUGGAGUAUCCAGAUGGAGGUGUUGGAAUCUUAGCCCUGCAGCCCAUUUCCAGCAAAACACAGCUGGGUCCAUUUGAAGCUAAGAAAACCAUGCAUGAUAUUGACAGAGACGAUAUAUUUGUUCUUAAAAUACUUUCCAAAGAUGAUAGUUUCAUAAGCCUGGAUGCCAGCAGUGAAGCCAAUUGCAAUUGGAUGGCAUUAGUCCAAGUAGCCAGAAAUGAGGAGGAACAGAACUGUAUGGCCUAUCAACUGGGGAUUAAUAUAUUCUUCAACACAACCAAAGAUAUCUCUGUUGGGGAUGAACUUAAAGUGUGGUAUGCACCACAGUAUGCCAAGAAGUUAAAAAAAUCUCUGAUGCCAGAUGGAAAAACUAAAUCAAUGCUUGGUGAGAUACUUUACACUGAUCCUGAUGAUGAAGAGCUAGAAGGCACAGAUGGAGAAUUGACUAAAGAUGCAGAUGCUAGUCGAGAUUCCUCAGAAAUUCACCCAGAUGAUGUUGAAGGUGACUACACAUGUAAACAUUGUGGGGAAAAAUUCACGUCACAAUUUUUGUUUGCCAAACACAUUCGAGACCAUCUAUUUCCAGUGUAUAACUACACUGAAGGACCUCCAAGGCGAGGCCGGAGACCAGUGCCCCUUAAAGUUGGAGAAUAUCGUAAUUACAUGCUUCCUAGGGGCAGGGGUAGGGGGAGAGGUCGGGGCAGGGGCCGUCCACGAGGAAGUGGAGCUAGGUUCAUACAUACAGAAACUGGAAGAAGACCUGGUAGACCUAGACAUAUACCUAUAUCCUCAACAGAAAGUGAUAUGGAUGUGUCACAAACUGACAGUUUUACAAAUUGUAAAAUAGAACCUACUGAAGAAACUGACAGUUUUACCAAAAUGGAAGCUACUGAAGAAAAUAAAAGUGAGAAAAAAAGGAGAGGGAGACCAAGAAAAGUCUUAGUUGAACCUCAGCCAGAAUCAAAUUCAACUCCUCCACCCCUAAAAGUACCUGACAUUACAGCUGAUACCAUUGAUAGUUCUGAUGGGUCACGUCCAAGGCGUAGUGCCAGGGGAUUUCGUGGUUUAGGAAAAUUAGGAAAAUGGCUGAAAUACCCUGGUGAAGCUUCUUCUGAUGAGGAAGCACCUGGAGGCUCUGAGGAUGAGGACAAAAAACCACCACGUCAAAGAUUUGGUGUGGCCAUGGCUGCCACUUUAAGAAAAGCUGCCCUAGAUGAAAUGACUUCCCCAGUAGCAAAAAAAAGGAGUCAUACAAGUGUUGUGGACUCAAAAAGUCAGCCAGCUUCAGCUAGUAACAGUGGUACUAAUAUAAAGAAAAAUACCAAUACAGAAAUAAAACCCAAUCUCAGUUUUGAAAAACCUGUUCUUUUAAAAGUUAAGUCCAGUGAAGAUGACAUUAAACAUGAAACAGGAAUUGAAAAACCCCUGCCAGUUCUAGAAUCCCCUAAAAAAUACAUAGUAAUAACCAAGGGAGAUAAAACUACUGCAUAUGAAAUAACAUCAGAUGGGAGUGAGCACAAAAUGACAGAAGCCCAAUCAGCACCAGACAAUACAGAGUCAGCAAUAGAGCAAGCACUUGAAGUGACAAUGAUUGAAGAUGUUAAAGAAGAAGAUCUUAAGACAGCUACUGUUAUUGAAGUGACUACUCAAGUUAAAGAUAGUGCAGAUAGUCAAGUUGUGAAUGUGACAGUAAACAAAGACCCUGAUGUGGAGGUGGGAACCCAAGAGGAAGUGAUAGAUGUACCGCAGCAUGAGAGGAAAAAUACUAUUGCUGACCUUGAUGGCACAGAUGCAUUGACUGCCCUAGUAAAUGCUGCCAUAUCAGCCGACAAAGUCCCUGAUCCCAUAGCAAUGGUUGCAGCUGAUUUAUAUGAGGAUAGAAGUAUGGAAGAGGAUGGUGACUCUGAUGAAUACAGAAUUAAUAUUAAGAAAAAUAAUAAGCAGUGGAUGGCUGUAGAUACUGGAGAGGAGGGAGAAGAUAGUGACAAUGAGAAGCCACAGCAGCCAGUCAGACAGAGGCGUAAAAAACGGCGCCGAGGAGAUGAUCCAGAGCUGGAGGAAUUGGAAGCAAAAACAAAAAUCGUGGAGGGUCCCAAUGGAGCUGAAGAAUUUGCUUGUGGCAUAUGCAAUAAACAUUUUACCCAGCUAAAGUAUUUGAAACUUCAUCUGCCGGCUCAUACAGACAGGUAUAGGUGCAACAUCUGCGGUAAGAGAUUUGCUCGCAACGAGUCCCUGCUCAAACACACAUGUGAUGACACAGCCAGUCUAGUGGAGCAGACUGUUGAUGAAGAUGGCAAUGAUUCCUUUUGUUGCAGAGAAUGUAGCCGCACUUUCAACCAGCUUAGUUUUGCCAUCAGACACGCUUCUAUGCACCGAGCUCGUUUUACCUGUGAGAAAUGUGGAAGGACUUUUUUGCGGCAGGAUCUUCUUGAUGAACAUGACUGUUCAGGUGUGCAACUAGAGGAAGGGGAGGUGUCCCAUGAAGCCAACCAUGAGUGUCAAAUCUGUCGUCAAUCAUUCACCAGUGGAAAGUACUUGUUCAGACACAUGGCUAUGCAUACAGAUAUUUAUAAGUGUGAAGUUUGUGGAAAAUGUUACUCACGUAAAGAUUCCUUACAAAGACAUAUAUCUCGCUGCUGUCCUGAACUUUCAGGAGAAUACAGCGUUCAUGUGUGUCCUAACUGUAAAAAAACUUUUGGCACUCAGCUGGGUUUACAGAAUCAUACAUUGAACUGUGGCAAGUACCAGUGUGGAGCCUGUAAGGUGGCCUAUUUCUCUCUCAAAGACCUAGCAGAGCAUGAGUGUUCUGGCAAGGUGAUCAAUGAAAAAGCUAAUGUGCAGUUCCCUUGCAAAGAAUGCAAUAAAACCUUUGCCAGCAUUGCUUACUUGGUGCGCCAUGAGGCCUCACAUCAUGGGGCUUUCAAGUGUGACCUUUGUGAGCGUGUGUUCAUACGCAAAGAGGAACUAAACUGGCAUGCUCCAGUUUGCUCGACCAGACAGAAAAUACAACAGGAAGGCAGCGCACCUUGUGAAACAUGUGGUGAAGUUUUCAAUGAAUGGCUGGCCUUUAAGGAACAUCACAUGACCCACACACACCCCCAUAGAUGUGACAAGUGUGGCAAGAGGUUUAUUAAGAUUGGAACUCUUCACAACCACAAAUGUGAAGCAGUUGGUGAAACUAUCUUGGACCAGUCCAAUCUUCUGUCUUGUGAAAUUUGUCAGAAAACCUUUAAAAACGAGCGCUACCUUUCACGCCACCUAUCUCUCCAUGGCCAGCCAGAGUAUGCCUGCGAGUUUUGUGGGAAACUUUUCACAAGGAAAGAUUAUCUGAAUGAUCACCAGUGUCGUUUACCCAAUGGUACAACAGUUCGAAUGGUCAGGAAGAAAAAUAGAUUAUUUAUUAAAGACAACCUGGCGUGUCCUGAUUGUGGUAAAUCAUUCAGUUCCCGCAGCAAUAUGAUGAAACAUUUGAAAGUCCACGGAGAGAAAAGAGCUGAGUGUCCCAUUUGUCGCAAGCGCUUCCAUUAUGAGAACUACCUGAAGCUUCACAUUGCCACUGUACAUGAGAAGCAAUACCAGUUGCAGUGUACACACUGUGGCAAAGUUUUAUUUUCCAAGACUGGCCUGAUUGCUCACAUUAAACAAUUCCAUGCUGACACAAUCAAGUUGUAUCCAUGCCCCAAGUGUGGCAAGACAUUCAGGCAGAAAGGAAAUAUGAAGACCCAUUUGAUUUCACACACAAAGGAUAGAGCCUAUAAAUGUGAUGCUUGUGGAAAGGCUUUCAAAUAUCCUGAUCAGUUAAACAGACACAGACUGGAGCAUACAUUGUCUCAAAAGUACUCCUGUCAGCUGUGUGACAAGCAGUUUGUGCGCACAUAUGAACUUCGUAAUCACAUGCGUAACUACCACAGUGGCUAUGUAUAUGUGUGUGGUGUUUGCCAUGAGUGCUGUGCCCACCGGCACACUAUCAUUCGGCACUACAAGCGUAAGCACCCUGAGGUUGGUAAUGUGUUUGAGGAGAAACCAGAGUUCCUGGACUCUCUGCAGAAACCUGUCACAGCAGCAACACAGGCUCGUAUGAUGAUAGAAAAUGAAGACAUCAAGCCCAGCAUUAUGCGAGUGGGCCUGCCCAGAUCUCAUGAGAUCAUUGUAACCACGGACGAGGAUGGCAACCAGACAUACACUGGUGGGGAAGUAAUCCUCCAGCAGGGUGUGACUGGAGAAAAUGGAGAACACAUAGAUGGUGAGCCCACAGUUUUUAUUUUGAAGGUUGUUAAUCAGGAUGAAAAUGGCACAAUUCAAGAGAUGGAAUUGACUGAAGACACAAAAGUCCAUCUGGCUCAGUUAUUACAGGCUCAUGGUGCUGGACAGGAUGCCAUCACUCACAUACAGGUUGGUGACCAGACUUUACAGAUACAGAGAGAGGAUGAUGAUGGAUCAGCUUUAAUGGAUGAGGAUUCUGAUAACAUGGGAAUGCAGGAUAUCAAAUUUGAUCCUCAGCAAUUGGCAGAACUGACCAACCAAGCAGAGAAUGUUGUCACCAAACUAACUGCAGCCUCAGCCUUAGGUCAGAGCUUAGUAGAUGAAGUCAUGGAUGCAGGACAAGUAGUUGGCAUGGAAGGGGUGCAAGUGGUGGAGAUGGAUGGUGCAAGGCUUGGCCAAAUCAUCCAGAUGGAUGAAGAGCUUGGCUCAGGGAUGGGCAUACAAAUGGAGAGUGGUCAGGUCAUCCACUUGGACCAGAGUCAGAUUCUGGAGAUGGAGAGAGGGGGCCCAGUGGUGGUAACAUCUGGGGACUUUGUGUCUCAUCACAUUGAAGGAAUGCCUGAGCUUAAAGUACACAAGCGAAGAGGCAGUAAUGGAGAAAUUGUUGUGGAGGUUGAAGGUCAGGAUGGACAGAUGAUGGACAUUGGUCAGUCUUUAACUCACAGUCACCAGAUAGUGACCGGUGAAGACUGUCUUGAAAUAGAUGCCAGUCAAGAAGUGCUGGAAGACGCCAUCCAACAGCAAGAGGACAUACAAGGGGAAAUAAUUCAAAGCUAGAUUUGUCCUUAGAUUAAAAUUUCCAAACAAAGUAAAGAAGAAAAAAAAAUUACUAUCAUCUUUGUGUUUAACCUGGUAAACAAAAGAACCAAAUUAGGUUUUAAAGAAUCCUAUCCUGAUUAUCAGAUACCAGUUUUAGAUAGUAGUUACCUUGUGCUGUACAACUUAAAGGAGAAGAUACAUUCUUUUGUAUAUCUUGUUUUGAACUGAUAUUUUGGGUAUUAAUUCUGAAACUGAAGUCUCAGUCAACAGGCUUACUUCCAUAUACCGGUACUUCAUUUUCUGUGCCAAUGGAACUAGGAAAUAGUUUCUUUGGAAAGUAAAAAUUACUUUUAAUGCACACUAGGAUUAAUUGAAACUACUCUACUGUCAAAGAAAUGAAUGCCCACUAAAUAUCAUACUUUCAGCUGAUGUAUUAGGGAUAUUUAAAGCUGAAUUGUAUGUUGACAUCAUUUGCAAAGACACUUUUUUCACUGAAUAUUAUGUUUAUGUUAUCAGAAAUGUUUACUUUCAUAUUGGUAUUCGAGAUUCCUUACCACAUCAAUACACACUUUUCAUUGGUUUGGUUGCUUGUAGCUUUCAGGAACUUCAUUUUAUAUAAUAGAUCAGUGUAUCAGUCCGGAAGGACAAAAUAAAGAAAAGGGGAAGGCAGGUCAUUACUAUUGUCAAUAGUAAAAUAGUUUUCCAUGUGGUAGCCUGUGAGUGGCCAUUAGACUUUUAUUUGGUUCUGUUUCCAUAUCUCUAAAAGCUGGACUUUGUCUUCUAAUUUAUUUAGUCAGCUUUAUCCCAUGUCUACAAACUUCAGUUUCUUCAUAAAGGUUUUAGGAAUUGCAAUGGCUCUAAAUAACUGACAUAGUGUUAGUUUGUGUGAUUGUGCUUACAUUAGUGCUGUGUUUUCAAACUCACAAUAAAUGUAUGUGAAUAGAAAUGUACAUUGACAGAACUUUAUCCAAUUGUGUAGAAGCAUUUGUCUGUACAUAAGAAGAGUUGUCACUUCUCAUGUUUUUUAUUUUCAUUUGGUUGAUUGUACAGUUGACAUUGUGAAGUUAUACUCUCAUCUGUUAAAGACACACCACACACAUAUACAUAGUUUAUACAUACACACAUAUAUUAAUAUGAGCCAUAUGUCACCCUGAUUUGUGUGCUUUUGUCUAUUUAAAACUAUUUUUUAAAAUAUCUUUUAAUGAUUUCUUUUGCAAGUGUACAUAGCCUUUGUUUUCCUUUCUUACUGCAUGGACCUUGAUGGUUUCUAAAGGCCUGGUCAUACGAGGCUUGGCUGCACUGGUCAGUAAAUUGUGUCCCCUUGUUAAAUGAAUGCAAAUUAAGUCCUUAAGAGGAUGAGAAGUUUUGAUUUGAUUAGUGACUUGUUCAAUGCUUAUGAUCACAAGCAUGUAGAAAUAAAAGAAAGAAUGCAGUUUGAGACUGUGUUUAUAACUGCAUGAAUGUUGAGGAAUGGAGCACAGAAACUUUGUAUCAGUGUAAAUAGGGGCAAUGAAUCACAAUGCAUGCUUUAGCUGAGAGAACACUGUCUAAUAGUUUAUUGAUGUCCCAUUAUCUGACAUUGAGUCUUCAGGGUGUAUUGAUGUUUGAAUGUCUAGAUUCUGAUUCUUUUUGUCUGGAUAAAACUAUUUAUAUGAUAUUGUUUGAAUUUUUUUUUAGUUGACUGAUUUGCACAGUUGAUGAUUUGAAAAUGUUAUUUAGAAUUUUUCUUUCCAACCAAACGGAAUAAACUCAAAUGUACUCUGAUAA